AUGCUCAAACAAACGGUCUCAGGCUGUUAGGCGCGCCACUCACCUCAGCCGCUCGCAAAACCCUCUCCUCUCGAGAAGCAGCGCGGUGGAGACCGGAGAGAAGCAGUCGGCAGCCGGGAAGCCCGUCACGUGCCUUUCUUCCUCGACGUGCCAUGAUUAACGGAAUAUUGAGCACUCGGGAGUUGUAGUCAGACCUGGAGCGACAAUGAAGUGUGACCCAGGAGAGUUCUGGUGCCAUGUUUCAGAGAUAGCAUUACAUGAUAGAAAACCAGCACCAUCUCUGCCCUUGGCUUCAAAUGUUGGCAUUGCAAGAGAAAAUAUGACAGUGUCACAAGUACCAAAGAAGGCUAUUCCAUUAUUCCCAAAAGCAGAUGAUGAUAAAAGCAAAGAAAGUAAAUGUGAUGUGGAGAAGCCUGCUGCUACUGAGUCCUCUAAACCGAAGGUUAGCUUGGAGGAAACAAAGGAUCCUGAGAAGCAUGAAGUUGAUGUUGGUGGCACUGACGAUGAUGAAAGUGACGAAGACUUUGUUGAUUCAGAAGAGGGUGAAUCGGAUGAUGACGAGAAUUCCAGUGAUGGGGAUGAAUGUGAGAGUUCAAAUGAAGAAGAUGAAGACUCUCCAAAUAGUGCUAAGGGCAAGAAUAGGCCAGCAGCAACACCCUUGAAGACACCUCCAGGGAAGAAGGCAAGGACCACAACAUCGUCUAUGGGCAAAAGACCAGUCAGUGUCAGUGAUGAUGCAAAGAAAAGUAUCCACGUCACUGGUUAUGGCUGCAAGUCGUGCAGCAAGUUCUUGUAUCAGAAUUUUUCCCAACUAGAUGCGGUCGUGCAUUCUGAUACAUGGGCGUCAAACUCAUUGCAAGGUGAAGCACAGUGCUCGAAAGUGAAGUAGCAUUCAUGGACUAUGUUAGGGAAGUUCGUUAUUAGGCAACUGAAUUGUGGGUUUGCGUUUACAAACGGGCUCUAAGGCAGCAUCACAAUGUCCGAUGCGUAUUUGAUUAUUGUGGGUUGUUGGAAAGUUGCUGUUUUUUCUGCUCAACAGAAUGUGUAAUUGAGAUUUUCUUGAAUUAGAAAGUUGUUGUUUUGCAGCGGGUAUUGACAUAUAACCCCUCAUUUC